UUCCUUCUGCCAAAGCUGCAGAAAACCCGCUAAAACCCUUCCUAACCAAUAAACCCAGCCGCCGUCUACGCCGCGUCAAGGUUAUGAACUUCCCGUCGACCUGACGUCAUUUGGUUCUUCUGUAACGAUUAUGGCUUUUAGGGUUCGCCGACUCAAAGAAAUUUCUAGGCAUUUGUCCCGAAUCUCCGGAUAUUCUCAUCAGCAUCACCGUAGUGAUGCUGUCAGCUCUUUGGCAUUGGCCGUUGCUCCAUUUCAUGCAUCUGAAGGAAUCAAUAAAAGGAUUGUAGACGAUGGACGUCACUUUCUGCGGUUUUCCACUACAACAGAGCUACAAUGCGAGUCUUCUGCAGCAAAUAAUAUUUUAUCCUUCAUUAAGUCAACCUUAGAUGAGUCCGAAGGGCCUAACCACCGUUGGUUGAAUACAUAUGAUGGAAAUAAAGGACUUUCAGAGAAGGAUGGUAUCUUCUUAAUUCUUGCCGAUCAAUUUCUUGCAAUGGCAAGCUCUGAAUCUGUUUUUCUGGUUGAAAAUGUAAAGUUCCUUCAGCACAGGUUUCCUCAGCUUCAUGUUAUUGGGUUUCAGUGUUCCAGUUCUCUAUCUGCUGCUGAAAAAACUGACAUGAUCCAAUUUAUAAUGAAGGAAUAUGUUUCGUUUCCCAUUUUGUUGUCCAAGAAGGAUUUUGAGAUGGCGAGGGGGCUCUGUUAUAUUAUCUCCAAAAACUUCAGAAAUCCUUUACUCCUCUAUGAGAGGAACAUGGAUCCUUUCACUAUGAGGAAAGCUAUCGAGGAGUUGCAAGAACAAGAAAGUGAGAAAUUUAGUCAGCCCAAUAAUGGGAGAACCACUUACCUAAAGCAGGCGGAGAUCACAACAGAACCAUAUUCAUGUUCAUUCAUGCAGAAUUUUCUUCUCCACUUUCCAGGCUGUAUAUCUGCAGAUGAAAAGGGUGGCCGACUCUUCCUUUCAGACAGCAAUCAUAACCGGAUUAUCAUAUUUAACAGCAAUGGGAAGAUUCUGGACAUUAUUGGUUCUUAUCCAGGUUUUGAUGAUGGAGAAUUUGAAUUGGUCAAAUUAGCUCGUCCAGCAGCUUCCUUUUAUCAUGCUACUCAGAAUUGCUUGUAUUUUGUGGACUCUGAGAACCAUGCUAUUAGGAAAGCUGAUUUGGACAAGCGGGUUGUGGAAACUCUCUAUCCAGAAAACUACUCGAGUAAGAAGAGUACACAGUUAUGGAGCUGGAUUAUGGACAAAUUUGGUCUUGGAAGUAAUGCUGAGAGAGAAUUAGAAGACUUCAAUCCGCAGUCUCUGAUGUUUCCUUGGCACAUCAUUAGAUAUGUGGAUGAUAGAUUAUUAAUUUUAAACCGCAGUCUUCAAACACUAUGGGUCAUGGAUUUGGUGUCAGGAAAAAUUAUUGAAGUUGUUAGAGGCCUUUCAAAUAUCAUGGAGACCUAUGGACAGUUGAUCACAGACAAAGUGUCUGUUAUGAAACAGAUCCCGACUGGUUGGUUGCAGCGGCUAAGUCAUGCAAAUAUUGUCACAGGGGGGCUACCAUACCUGGAUCUUUUAUCUUCCUGUACACCCUUCCAGAACUGCAUAAUCAUUUGCGACUCAGUUGGACAGGUGAUAUUGAAAUAUCAUAGAAAUUCUGGUGAGAGCUCAAGCUUCCAAUUUUCAAAUUUUGGGGUUCUUGGAUUACCAUAUUGGUUUGCUUCACCUCCGGAGAAGGUCAUAACCACUGCUGAUAGCUUUCGAGGAGCAGGGAUUGAUCAUCUUCAGUUUUUCAGACUGCUGCCUGGUAAGGUUGGUAUACAGAUCAAUGUUGAUCUGCCUGCUGAUAUUGAACUUGUGGAAUCAUUACAAGAAGACAGCAUAUGGCGACAAGCAAGAGGAACUGCAACUGAAAGCUUAAUUGUCGAGGAUGUAGCUGGGCCCUCAGAAAAGGUUGGUUCUGCUCAACAGUGGUAUGAUGAGUUGGAUAGCCUAGCCUUUUCACCGCCAGAUUCAGAAAUGGUGGAAGAUAAUACGAGAACUUCUAAUCAUAUAGGAGACAAUAAAGUGCAGAUUGAGUGUGCUGUCAAUACAAGUCCUGGAACUAGCGAGGUUAUAGUUUAUGCUGCCCUGUAUUUAAGGCUGAGAAGAAACCAAGAUUGGGAAGGCAACGAGGAGAAAGAUGCAGAAAGGAUAGCAGGUUUUUUGUACCCAAGAAAUGGAGGGAAGAUAAGAAAAGAGUGCUGCAUUCAGUUCCUUUUAAAACGUAAAAGGUAUUUGAGAGAGCUCAUUUUCGUGAAACCUCUUCAUGUCAGGAUUAAGUUGGAUUCUCUCGAUCACCCUAAAGCUGAUAAUUCCAAAGGUAUUAUCCUCACAGACUCUUCAGUUGAAGUCAAUCUAUCACUUGCCUCCCAAUAACCAUAAAUUUAUGUUGAUGCUCAUGUUUCAUGUUGUACCAAAUCACCGACUGUAGUCGGUGAUACUUGUUCUAUUUAUUUGUUUUCCUAUUCUAUGUUUAUUUUUAAUGAAAAGUCGAACUUCCAUUGAGAAGAAUGAAAGAAUACUCAGGUAAACAAAAACGAAAGAACAACCCAACAAAAGGGAGCCAUGCUAGACGAAUGGGCUCCAAUUCUUAUUAUAUAGUUAUUCAAUUGUUCUAUGGUUAUUUGGUUAACUUCAAUUUGUUUUCUUUUA